AUGUCGCUGGAAACCCAAAUCGAGAAGGUGGAGAAUGCGGUGGCAGCAGGAAUGCAUGAGGUAUACUCGGGACUGAAUCAGCCCGACUACGAUGUCCCGCCACAACUCGGUGGUGAUUCACCUCAGCAGAUCAACUGGCUUGCGGUCCUCAUACUUGUGUCAGUUUGCCUCUCACUUGUAGUUGGAUGGGCUCUGGAUAGCAGGUGCCGAGGAGCUCUCAUGGAAGGCCGGCCCCACUUCUGGGCAAUACUGUUGCUGUGUACAAGCUACUUGCUUUUGAUUCCCGGCUUAAUCAAUCCAGUUUUCAGCUUCAGCAUCGUGAUCAACAUCAUUGGGCACCGCAAAAACGUUGAACCAGAAGCUGGACACCCAGUCUGUACAGAGACUACGACAGGCUUGGCACAUCUGCUCUGGAAGACAGGUUCCAGGAUUGGUGCAUGUUUGGUAAUUUUGUUCUCCAUAGUCAUCCCUGCCUUCGAGCUGAUUAUGCUCGUACUGGGAGAGGUGUUUCGUUUCGCAUCUGCAAGAUGUGCCGAAGUCUUUCGAUGGGUCAUCCUGUGGGUGCAGCAUCGAUCGAAGUGGGCGUCCCCAGACAUGUUCGCCUACGUCCUGCUCGUUGACUUGGUCCGCACUCUCGAGCAAGAGCCGCUCAUCCUCUCCAGGGCAAGGCUGGAGAUCGGCUUCUCGUGCUUUAGCACCUUCGUGGUGACGGCAACUAUCUCAUCUUUGGGCGUGCCCCUGCCGGAGGUAAGAUCGCGGGAAGCGGCUCCGCGUGCACCUAUGGCUUUACGAUGCUUCGGCGAAUCUGGACUUGCGAUCGUUGCAAGUUUGCUGGCUUUGGGUUUUGUUCCACUGUUUCUAGCUGGACUUCGUGCUCCAUGUAUGUCUUUCCACAUCGAAACGAAGCAGCUCUUUCCGCCACUUGGUCCUCUGCCAGAAGCAGCGCGACCCGUGGUUGACAUUUUGGACCUAAAGCACCUCCUCAAGUCAGAGACAAGCAUAGUUUCUUGCGUGACAGACUACCUUGGCCGCCUUCACGAGUGGGAGGCGAAUACGUUUCUGUCGUUGGCCUUGGUUUUGGUAUGCGUUGUGGGUAGCACGCUACUGGACAUGCUUGCGCUGGUAAUGGCUGCGCUGCGCCUGUCUAAUGACAAAAGCUACGCAUCUCUGCAUUCUUUUUCUGCAGAUGUGGAGCAUCCGAUCGCAGAUCGAUCUUCACAGCUCAACUGCAGGUGGAUCAUGAUAGCCCGAGUCGCGCGAAAGUUGUCGAUGCUGGAUGUGGCUAUGGUUGGCGUCUACUUGGUCACAGUUUGUAUGUCCAUGUACGCCAAAUACGGAGUUGUUGUGUCCUUGGAGCAUGGCAUGCUCAUUCUUUUGGGCGCCGAAUUUCUUCAUGCUCUCACAUAUCACUUGGUUGAGUCCGCCUAUGUGUACCACGAGGAAGCACAGGCAUUCAACUUAUCUGGCGUAGCUCUUCGGUCGAGGACUGAGCAGGUGGGCACAGAAGUUGUCCCAUCUCUCGAUGGUUGCUGUAGCUCCACUUGGCCUAGGCUUUGGCGAUUUGUGCCUACGAAGGCAGUGUUCUGA